AGAUUUGCGGCGGGGCGGGAGCCGCCCGCUGCAAAUGGCGGGGCGGAGGCCCGGCCGCGCGGGCGAGUUGGGGUGCGGGCGGUGCCAUCAUGGAGCACAUCACCACGCCGAAGGUGGAAAAUGUGAAAUUACUGGAUCGCUAUACAAAUAGGAAGGCAGCAAGCGGGACUUUAUACCUGACAGCUACCCAUCUUAUCUAUGUAGAUGCUUCUGCUGAAGUCAGAAAAGAAACAUGGAUUCUGCAUCAUCAUAUUGCAACUGUAGAAAAAUUGCCUCUGACCACAGCUGGAUGCCCACUCCUUAUUCACUGCAAGAACUUCCACGUGGCUCACUUUGUUAUUGGGCAGGAACGUGAUUGUCAUGAAGUGUAUACCUCCUUGCUCAAACUUUCACAACCAGUGAAACCUGAAGAACUUUAUGCUUUCUCCUACAAUCCUAAAAUGUCUAAAGAUAACCGGGAGAUUGGAUGGAAACUGAUUGAUUUGAAAGUAGAUUACCAGCGUAUGGGAAUCCCAAAUGACUACUGGGAAAUAACAGAUCUUAAUAAAGACUACGAGGUUUGCAACACGUAUCCUCCAGAAAUUGUGGUGCCUAGAGCUGCUAGUAAGGCAACAGUGAUUGGAAGCUCAAGGUUCAGAAGCAGGGGGCGGAUUCCAGUGCUUUCUUACUUAUAUAAAGAAAACAAUGCUGCCAUAUGUCGUUGUAGCCAACCCCUCUCUGGGUUCAGUGCUCGUUGUCUGGAGGAUGAACAAAUGUUGCAGGCAAUCAGAGAAGCCAACCCUGGGAGUCCCUUCAUGUACGUUGUGGACACAAGGCCAAAGUUAAAUGCCAUGGCCAACCGAGCUGCUGGGAAGGGUUAUGAGAAUGAAGACAAUUAUGAUAACAUUCGCUUUAAAUUUAUUGGCAUUGAAAACAUCCAUGUGAUGCGGAACAGCUUGCAGAAACUCCUGGAAGUGUGUGAAACAAAGUCUCCAUCAAUGAGUGAUUUCCUUACUGGGCUGGAGAACUCAGGUUGGUUACGGCACAUAAAGGCUGUAAUGGAUGCAAGCGUCUUUCUCGCAAAGGCUGUGAAAGAUGAAAAGGCCAGCGUGUUGGUGCACUGCUCUGAUGGGUGGGACCGCACAGCACAGGUCUGCUCCCUGGCUGGCCUCCUCCUAGAUCCAUUUUAUAGGACUUUUAAAGGCUUCAUGGUUCUUAUAGAAAAGGAGUGGAUUGCAAUGGGCCAUAAGUUUUCACACAGGUGUGGCCAUUUGGAUGGUGACCCAAAGGAAGUAUCCCCUGUCUUCACUCAGUUCAUUGAAUGUGUCUGGCAGCUCAUGCAGCAGUUCCCUUGUGCAUUUGAGUUUAAUGAACAUUUUCUUCUGGAAAUCCAUGAUCAUGUCUAUUCCUGCCAGUUUGGAAACUUCCUUGGGACCUGCCAUAAGGAGCGUGAAGAUCUGAAAAUCUUUGAGAAGACCCAUUCUCUGUGGCCUUUCCUCCUACAGAAGAAGCAGGAAUUGAGAAAUCCUUUGUACAGAGGAUUUACAGCUUACAAAGAGCUUCAACCCAACACACUACCGUUCAGUUUUCAGUUUUGGUGUGGGAUGUACAAUCGCUUUGACAAAGGAAUGCAUCCAAAGCAGUGUGUAUUGGACCAUCUACUGAGCUGCAUGAACCAAAAGAUAAAACUAGAGGACAAUGCAUCUGAAUUGGAGAAUAAACUUCCUUUCCUCGAUGGCCCGUUACCCAGGGAAGCUUGCUUCUUGUCUAAAGGAGGAUGUGCUGCUUCAAAAACGUCCGUGCUGAACACUCCCCAGGAUUAUGAAGGGGAACCACCUCCUGUGCUGACCAACGGUAUCUCAGUUGGAGACACAGAUGUGACGUCAGACGUGGACCAGAAAAACAAGGAGAACCUGGCUAAUCACCUAGACCUCCAUCUUAAUGACAGUGUUGAUGUUUUAAGCUCUGAAGCUAAGGAUGGCAAGCCUCAGCACCACUGAUCAGCUUUGAGCAUUGUGCUCAGUGAAGCAGGUGCUUGUGAGACAUGGAGGAUCUGUGACCCUGCCUGGGUGCAGAGCACCUGGCCAGCCUGCUAAGUGUUACUGUGUUUGUUUGCAGGGUGCUGUGCUCUCGCUGUAACGAGUGCAGUCCGUGUUUGGUUUGCAUCAUUUUGGGGCUAAAAUGAUGAAGAUGCAUACAGAGCUGCUGAGAAGGCUAUCCUGAGUUACAGUAUGAACCUUAUUUUUAAGUGGAGGUAUGAUGUUUGUUUUAAGGCUUAGAAUUGUCUGGCAGUACUGCUAUUUUAAGCCAUGAUGGCCAAUUAACAUGAGGUUUAAGAGUUGAUGCAGUAUUCAUGAUGGGAAUAGGAGAUACAAUGCAUUUAUUCUCAGUGGUGGUGCAGGGUUAUAAAUAUAUAUUCAGUUCAUCUAAAAGUGAAAAGAAAAAAAAACCUUGGCUGCAAAUGAAUCUCUGCAUGGACCUUCACCUUAUGGAAGAACUGAUUCAUUUUUUUUGUUUCCUAUGCACACUUGUUAAACAAAAAACUGUGCCUUUUUACGGAGACCAUUUUUAUAUCUAGCUGUGCAAUGUAGUGGUGUUAUUUUAGUGUGGAGUGUACUAUUUGUAGUCAGUAUUUUUAAACAAAGUUUUAUAUCUGCUGCCACAUUUCCCCUGGAUCUGUGCUGGUCCCAAGUUGAGCAGCUUCUUUCUAAGCUGACCUUUGAAAGAGUGAGCUUUUAUGGACCUCGUUUACUUUUCUGUGGGAGUGUAGCAAGCCCCAGAGCCUGUAGCACGUGAAUUUUUGACAGAUCAGGAAUGAGGAAAUGUAUGAGAAAUGCUGAAGUUCAUGUGGAGUCUUCCUCUUCUCUUAAUUGGUGUUGGUUAAACUCCAGUGAGUAACUCAUUCUUUUUGGGGUUGUUUGCUUUCUUCAGAUCCUUCAAUGAGGCAACUAUACAUGAGGUGUAUUCUGUUGUAGAAAUGAGGUGUAAAGUGAUCGCUUCUGAUCACCUGUUGAGCGAUGAUAGUGAGCGUUAAAAUUAUGUGGUACUUAGGUGUGACUAAUCUGCAUUGUCAAGGCCUGAGGGAAGGAACAGUUUCAGAGCAUUGAACUUUGUAAUUUUGUGGAGCUGGUGACAACACAUAAAUUUAUAGAUUAGGAUGUCACCCACUGUUGGAUCAAGAAGUGAACAUCUUGACUCAUUAUUGCGGCUCCAUAUUGGACUCAGUUCAGUGCUUGUGCUACUUGGUUCCUUUAAUCUGCAGUGGAGAUGCUGGUUGAAGUCAAAGGUUUAAAGGAGAAAUAUAUUCCAUUUGUUCAAUUCCAAAAGUUCAUCUCCCUGGGGAAAUGGAUAGCCCAGAAAAGCUAUUCCACAGUGCUUGUUCUGGACAGAUUUAACCUAUGGAUGUGUUUAAAUUGCAGAAACACUCCCCUUGAUGCAGCUUAAUUCAGUAUGCUUUUUUACUCUCCUUUGGACUAUGUUGUUCAAAUCAGAUGUUGCCAUCAGGUGUUUAAAUCAGAAUCUGUAUGAUAAAACUUAAAAAUAUUUUGUUUCAAAAUCAAACCUCCCAAUCUACACUGAAAAGUAGAAACAUCCAGUUACUCCAUAACAGCAUUGUCAUUACCAUUGUUGGUGUGCAUACAACUUAUGGUGAGGUGACUGGAUAAGUUCCAGUGUUCAGGAUGAGCACUUUCAAGAAGAGAAGGAAAAAAAAGAAGAAAAAAAUCCUCCUGUGUGGGAGGAUUUCUUAUCCCUUUGGGUAAGAAAAUGCUUUAUUAAGCAUACCCAGAGACUCAAGUAACAAGGGUAAUACUAGAGGAAAGCUUCUUUAGUGUCUACAGUGGCAAGGAAAAACUUUUUUCUACUUUUUCUAGUGUUACAGGUUUUUAAACCUUAAAACAAGUAAUGUUUAAGUCUGUUUUAAAAAGCAGCUGUUUUUAAGGUUUAUAAAUGUAUGCUUGAUUUAAAAGCUAAGUACAUUAAGUACUGAACCUAGCUACACUUGAGCAAAUGUACCCACGACAUAUUUUGAGCAUCACAGCUACGUACUGUGUCAUGCGAGCAGCUAUGUUUAUUUUGAGGGAUGCUCGUUUCCAAAUGCAUCUUCUUUUAAUCUCAAGGUUAUCUGUUGUUUUGUCUCUGGGCUGUUAAAAAGAUCUUAUUAACAUUAAUCUAAUCGUGCUCAGCAUUAAGCUAGAUAGUCUGCCAGCCCUUGUUCUCAAUAUCCACCUAUUCAUCAAGCAGAGAGAUUACACCCAUGUCUUACUCUGGCUGCUCUAAAUGCACAGGAUUUAAAGUUCUGCCAUAGACUUUCACUGGAAAGUAAGUUUUGUCUCUUCAUAGUCUAAAGGCUCAUUUCACAUGUGUGCUCAGCAGUUUGGAGCUCUGUUCAAACAAGCCAGUAGAUUCGCUCCUUUUUGUAGGUAGUAGAAGAGUAGUGAAUGGCUUGCAUAGCUUCUGAAAUAGAUAACUCACAAAUGGUAAACGAGACCAAGGAAGGCAGUUCUUAGCACCAGUUAUUCCAAAUGUCAACAGGUUCUGUGCUUUUUGUAAUGAAAACGGGAUCAUUGUAGGCAAACUUUGACUACUGAGGAGUUCAGAUAUGCCACUCGGUAAUCUUUAGAUAAAUACAAACAUUUUGCAGGUUUCUAUGUUUACACGCUGCCUUGUCUUUUGAAUUAACCUAGAUUGUCUUUUUUCCCCAAGCAUAAUGUUUGCUUAUCCCUAAAACAGGACACCGGCGUCUCCACAGAUCUUUCUGAAAGAUGAUAUUUAGGAGCAUACAACCCUGAAAAGAUUACUUGAUGCACUGAAAGUACGUCGGAGCUGUUAGCAAUCAAUGCUCGGCUCUGUACUUGGAAAUGCAGAGCCUAGCUGAAGGGAGGGUAAUGAGCUGUGGUCUCACAGAGUUGGCAUUAAUGUAUGUGAACUUGACCAAAGUCUACAACGUACUAAAAAUCAUUCAUGCUGGUGCUGUAAAUUAAGGGAGUUGAAAUAUAUUUUCAGGAAUUCAUAAGAUUAUUUGUUUGAAAACUCAUUAGCUUAGCUACGAGGGGUGUUUUUUGUUGUUGUUUUGACGAUGACUUUGUUUUAAGACCAAAAAUUGAACAGCUGUUCAAAGCACUGCAGUGUCCUCAGGUCUCUGGCCAACUGGGGUUGGCUUUCUGGAGUCUUGCGUGCAGCCUGUGUUCUGGAUCCUGGUGCCCUGCUGGCAGUAGUGAGGGACUUCAGUACAUGUUCCCUGGAAGUGUUAAGGGAAAUUUAAAAGCUCUUAGAUAGGAAUCUCCUUGUUUGAGCACUGUAUAGGUGAGAAGUUCCUGUAACUUAUUUAUUCCUAGUGGAUCAUCUAUCUGCGUGUUGCAAAGUCGAUGAGUACUUCUUUAUGGGGAGCUGUUAACUGAACAGUGGAACUUGCUGCUUUCCAUUCGGAUUCCUUUGCCAGGGAUGAAGGAGGGAUCUUUUUUGCUGUGGGGCUUAUGCAGAACUUUCCCUUUUCUGGAGCGCUUCUUGCUUUGAGAUUCUCUGUGGUAUCAUGGUUAAAUUCUUAUAUGUAGUCUCCAAGCCCUAGCAAGAGGGAUUGCUGGCAGCUAAAGGUGUGCAGAGAUCUGUGGGGUCACUGCCUUGAAUUGGGCCUCGGGCUGCAGGUUGAAAUGACCAAGUUGGUGAAGGACCCAGUGUCUGUUGUUUCCAUUGCGUUUAGGGAUCACGGUCUGUGUUUGCAGAGUACCCUCGCAACUGGCAAGCCUGUAAUGUGAGGGGAAGUAUUCAUAAGCUCUUCUGCCAGGUGCUGCUUUGUAUCCUUUCCUGGUAAAGCUGGCAUUUGGUAACUCCAGUGCUUACUCCCCAGAGAAGCAGUUUCUUGGCGCUACUUUGUAAUGAUGAUUAGUGAGCGACCAAAAAAAUUGACUGUUGUUUCUCUUCUCCCCUUCACCACCACUUUGCAUUGAAAGCUGGAAUCUUUUUUUUUUGUGUGUGUGUGUUUAUUAUUAGAAGCUGGGGCAAUUUCUUGCUUACAUGCUGUCCCUCUUGAGUGUGUAAGCAUUUCCCAGGUCUGAAAUCCAGGCUGGGAGGAGAUGGUCUGUUCUGAAUGUAAUAGUUUUGUUUUCAUUAACAAGCAGCAGGUCCUGUUAAAGUGCAUGUUCUUCUAAGUGUCUUCAGCACCAAAAGCAGCCAGGUUGGUGCCAGUUGCAGUCUGUAAUUUGUUAGUGUAAGUAUUUAAACAUGCAGUGUGGUGUCCUUUUGGCAUCUCCUGGACUACAGAAGCAAUGCGGAAGGAGGGUAGGCUAAAAUGGUUGACCUAAUUUCUUCUCAUAAUGUUGACCUGUGUGUAUAUGCCUUUGUAUUUAAUGUAGCAGCAUACUACUGGAGUAACUUGUAGCACUGGAUCUGAUCAUAUGUAUUGGAGCACACAUAUGUACUUUUCAUCACAAAGUGAUCUUUGUAGGAACUUGCCUAAGCUUGUGUAUAGUACUCAGCUAAAAAUGUUAAAUGUUUUUGCUGUUUCUGUGAGUUGCUAUUUUGUCCUACUGUAACUGUUGAGGGACAGUUGUAUAAAAUUGUGUGUAAUUAAAUCCCAUAUUCUUGAA